AUGGGUUUUGCCAAGAAGCAGAACAAGAAGGGCUUCAAGAAGAUGCAACGAAAGCGGGCGUCGUCUCGGGGGACCCCACGCCCUUUGCUCGCCCGCGCCCAGGACUGCAGGGUCGAGGCGCGCCCAGCCGGGCCGAGCAGUGGCCGGGGCAGGCCGGGGUCCCACCGGCAGGGCAGGCGCAGCGCGCCCGCGGGGAGGAGGCGAGCCCGCGCCUUCCGCCCCGUCCCUCCCCCGCCGCCCGCGAGGGGUGCGCGGGCCGGGUCCCUCCGCCCGCCCCCGCCCGGCUCUGACUCACGCUCGGCCCAGGUCGGCUGCUCCGCCCUCGGCCGCGGCUCCGCCUCCUCCGCCUGCCCAACGCCGCGGGGCAGCGAGGGACCGCGCUUGGGCUGCACCGUCCUGGCGCCGCCGCCCCAGACCUCGCCGUGGAGAGCCGGGACCCGGCGGAUCCUCAGGAUGCACGGCUGCGCGCUCCGCACCGCACUGCUCCUGCUCGGCGUGGGCGCCGCCGCUGCGGCCGUGCGGCCCGGGAGAAGGACUGAAGGAAUUUUUCAGACAGGAUCUUUCAAGACACUUACUCUUCCAUCACUACCUAUGAGCAGCGCAGAUGAGAGCUACGAGCUGCGCGUCACCGGGCGCGCGGAGGACGAGCUUUUGUUCUACAACAGCACGCGCCUGUCGUUCGAGAUGAAGAGGACGUCUGUCUUAGUUCAGACGGACAAGGCGCUGUACCAGCCAGGGCAGGAAGUGAAGUUUCGGGUUAUUCUGCUCUUCUCGGAUUUCAGGCCCUACAAGGCCUCUGUGGACGUCUUCAUUAAGGACCCCAAGUCCAAUUUGAUCCAACAGUGGCUGUCACAACAGAGUAAUCUUGGAGUCAUUUCCAGAACUUUUCAACUGUCUUCACACCCAAUACUUGGGGAAUGGUCCAUUGAAGUUCAAGUGGAUGGCCAGGCAUAUUAUCAAAUAUUUCAGGUCUCAGAAUAUGUAUUACCAAAAUUUGAAGUUGUUCUACAGACACCGUUAUACUGUUCUUUGAAUUCUAAGAAUUUAAAUGGUACCAUCACAGCAAAGUACACGUACGGGAAGCCAGUCAAAGGAGAUGUCACACUUACGUUUUUACCUCUAUCAUUUUGGGGAGCAAAGAAAAAUAUUACAAAAACAUUUAAGAUAAAUGGAUCUGCAAACUUCUCUUUUAAUGCUGAAGAAAUGAAGAAGGUAAUGGAUUUUUCCGAUGGGUAUUCUGAGCACAUGUAUCUGUCUACCCCAGGACCAGUAGAGAUUCUCGCCACAGUGACAGAAUCCCUCACAGCUAUCUCAAGAAAUGCAAGCUCCAAUGUGUUUUUCAAGCAACAUGAUUACAUCAUUGAAUUUUUUGAUUAUGCCACUGUCUUGAAGCCAUCUCUUAACUUCACAGCCACUGUGAAGGUAACCCGUUCUGAUGGCAGUCGACUGACUCAAGAAGAAAGAAGGAAUAAUGUAGCCAUAGCAGUGACACAGAGAAACAGGACCAAUUUCUGGAGCAGGUGGAACAGUGAAGAUGAGGGAAUGGAGACUGCUCACAUGGCCAAUUACACUGUCCCCCCAGAUGGCACCUUUAAGAUCGAGUUCCCCAUCCUGGACAGUUCCAGCCAGCUACAAGUGAAGGCUUAUUUUCUUGAUAGCGAAAGCAGCAUGGAAGUCCACGGCACGUUCACCUCUCCUAGCAGGACGUACAUCCAGCUGAGAACAAGGGACGAGAACGUGAAGGUUGGAUCGCCUUUUGAGUUGGUGGUUACUGGCAACAAGCACCUGAAGGAGUUUAGCUAUAUGGUGGUAUCCAGGGGACAGUUGGUGGCUGUAGGCAAACAAAAUUCCACAACCUUCUCUUUAAUACCAGAAAAUUCUUGGGCUCCAAAGGCCUGUAUAAUUGUGUAUUAUGUUGAAAAUGAUGGAGAAAUUAUAAAUGAUGUUCUAAAAAUUCCUGUUCAGCUUGUUUUUAAAAAUGAGAUAAAGCUGUUUUGGAGUAAACCUAAGGCUGAACCAUCGGAGAAAGUCUCCCUUAGGAUCGCUGUGACGCAGCCUGACUCCUUAGUUGGCAUCGUGGCCAUUGACAAAAGUGUGAAUCUGCUGAAUGCCUCAAAUGACAUUACAAUGGAAAAUGUGGUCCAUGAUUUGGAACUUUAUAACACAGGAUAUUAUUUAGGCAUGUUCAUGAAUUCUUUCACUGUCUUUCAGGAGUGCGGCAUCUGGGUAUUCACAGACGCAAACCUCGUGAAGGAUUAUAUUGAUGGAGUUUAUGACACUGCAGAUUAUGCCGAGAGGUACAUGGAGGAAAAUGAGGGCUACUUAGAAGGCCAUGAUUUCGCCUCAGCCAGCGGUCCCCGGAUCAGAAAGCAUUUUCCGGAGACUUGGAUUUGGCUAGACACGCACAUGGGAUCCAAAAUUUACCAAGAGUUUGAAGUUACUGUGCCAGAUUCCAUCACUUCCUGGGUGGCUACUGCCUUUGUGAUCUCUGAAGACCUCGGGCUUGGCCUCACAGCGGCUCCUGUGGAGCUCCAAGCCUUCCAACCAUUCUUCAUUUUUUUGAAUCUUCCCUACUCUGUUAUCAGAGGUGAAGAAUUUGCUGUGGAAGUAACCAUAUUCAAUUAUUUGAAAGAUGCGGCUGAGGUUAAGGUAAUCAUUGAAGAAAGUGACAGAUUUGAUAUUCUAACGACUUCAAAGGAAAUCAGCGCCACAGGACACCAGCAGGAGGUUCUAGUUCCCAGCGAAGAUGGCGCAACUGCUGUUUUCCCUGUCAGGCCCACACAUCUGGGAGAGAUCCCGAUCACAGUCAGAGCCAUCUCACCCCUGGCUUCUGAUGCUGUCACCCGGAGGAUUUUAGUAAAGGCUGAAGGAAUAGAAAAGUCAUAUUCACAGGCUGUCUUGUUAGACCUGACUAAAAAAGCAACGACUGUGGAAACUUUGGGUUUCUCGUUUCCCCCCGACACGGUCAGCGGCAGCGAACGAGUCCAGAUCACCGCGGUGGGCGACGUCCUCGGUCCUUCCAUCAGCGGCUUAGCCUCACUGAUUCAAAUGCCUUACGGCUGCGGGGAACAGAACAUGAUAAAUUUUGCUCCAAAUAUCUACAUUUUGGAUUAUCUGAUGAAAAAGAAACAGCUGACAAGUAACAUAAAAGAAAAAGCCCUUUCGUUUAUGAGGCAAGGUUAUCAGAGAGAACUACUGUAUCAGAGGGAUGAUGGCUCUUUCAGUGCUUUUGGAAAUAGUGAUCCUUCUGGGAGCACUUGGUUGUCAGCUUUUGUUUUACGAUGUUUCCUUGAAGCCGAUCCUUACAUAGACAUUGAUCAGAAUGUGCUACACAAAACGUAUAGCUGGCUGAAAGGACACCAGAAAUCCAGUGGUGAAUUUUGGGAGCCAGGAAGAGUGAUCCAUAGUGAACUUCAGGGUGGCAGUAAAGGUCCAGUGAUGCUCACAGCCUAUAUUGUGACUUCUCUCCUGGGAUACAGAAAAUAUCAGCCUAAUAUUGAUGUGCGAGACUCUGUCAACUUUUUGGAGUCUGAGUUCAGUCGAGGAAUCUUUGACAACUACACUCUAGCUCUUGUCACGUAUGCACUGUCCUCAGUGGGCAGUCCUAAGGCCAAGGAGGCUCUGGUGGAGCUCAACCGGCGUGCAGAGGAGGAAGGAGGUGAGCGGUUCUGGGUGUCGCCCGCAUCCACCCUGUCCCAGGGCUGGCAGCCACGCUCCCUGGACAUCGAGGUGGCAGCUUAUGCACUACUGUCCCACUUCCUGCAGCUGCAGGCUCCCGAGGGCCUCCCUGUUAUGAAGUGGCUCAGCAAGCAGAGGAACAGCCUUGGAGGGUUUGCGUCCACCCAGGAUACUGUUGUGGCCUUAAAAGCCUUGUCCGAAUUUGCGGUCCUGAUGAGUACAGAAACUACAGGUGUGCGAGUGACGGUGCUGGGGCCCAGCUCGCCGCGGCCUGUGAAGUUUCUGAUUGACACACAGAACCGCUUUCUCCUUCAAACAGCAGAGCUUGCUGUGGGACAGCCAACUGCAGUUAAUAUAACCGCAAAUGGUUUUGGAUUUGCUAUCUGUCAGCUCAACGUUAUUUAUAAUGUGAUAGAUUCAGGGCCUACUAGAAGACGAAGAUCAGCCCAAAAUCAAGAAGCCUUUGAUUUAGAUGUUAAUGCAAAAGACGACAGGAGUGACAGCAGCCGAAUGAAUUUGAAUGUGUGUACAAGGUUUCUGGGCCCAGAAAGAAGCGGCAUGGCGCUCAUGGAAGUUAACCUCCUCAGCGGCUUCACUGUGCCGCCAGACGCAGUUCCUCUGAGUGAGACGCUGAGGAAAGUGGAGCAGGACCACGGGAAGCUCAGCCUUUACUUAGAUUCUGUCAAUGAAACACAGUUUUGUGUUGAUAUUCCUGCUGUGAGAAGCUUUAAAGUUUCAAAUACACAAGAUGCUUCAGUAUCCAUACUGGAUUAUUAUGAACCAAGGCGGCGGGCCGUGAGAAGCUACAACUCCCGAGCGAAGCUGUCCUCCUGCGACCUUUGCCGAGACGCGCAGGGCGCCUGUCCUUGCGAGGCCGGAGCCCCUGGCGCCCACCGUCACCUCACCACCCAGCAUCAGCCCAGCUGCCGGUCCACCAGUGGACUAAUCCUGGGAUGA